UGGCUUGGAAGAGUAGGCUCCAUAAUUACGGAAAGACGAACUUUGGGGUGUGUAGUGAGCCCAUACUCCUCCUCCAUACAUAUAUCUGCUCUGCUCAUUCCCUCGGUCAACCUAAAAUCGAACCCAUGCACUAAAUUCGCAAGCGUCGUUCGGACCAUCCUAAGCCCGAGGCCAUACCCCGGGCACCUCCUCCUGCCCGAUCCAAAGGGCAAUAGUGCAAAGUUGCUGCCCAACAUAUCCACCUCAUUGCCCAAGAACCUCUCGGGGAAGAAUUUCUCAGGCUCGUCCCAGGCACGUGGGUCCCGCCCGAUGCUCCACAGUGGCGAGCGGGUGGAGCCUCAGUGUCUCCUUGACGAUGGACUCAACGUAGGGCAGUCGGGAGAAGUCGUUCUCCUCGACCCAUCGGUUUUUCCCGAUUACCCUGUCGAGCUCGUCUUUAGCCCUCUCCAUUGCGUGGGGAUUCGUGUCCUCUGCAAGCCGCAACAACACAUCCACCACGUCUUUCUUCGUCGACCCCUGCUUAGCCAUACGAUCAUCAACCACGUGACUAAGGAACCCGUCGAUCUUCCUCUUAAAACCCUUCAUCUGCUUAACGUACCCUUGAAGAUCAAGAAAAUCGAGCCACGACACCCAAUCACCGAUAUUCACCACACCACCCAGAAAGAACCACUCGUCCAAAAGCCCCUGCAGCUCGUCGAGCGACACACCCGACCUCUCGAAGAUUUUCUCGCUCACGAACAUGCGGCAUGUGGUCGAGAGAGUCACGACGGGCUCGCCCGACUGGGAAAACAGUCGGGAGAUGAGAUUGGCCCUCUCGUCCGCCCGCAUGUGCUCGAAAGAGUCGAGGCUCUUGGUGUUGAAAACCUCCGAGAGGUAGAUUUUACGGGCCUGUCGCCAUUGUGGGCCGUAUGGGGCCCACGUCAUGUCCGAGAAACGUAUUUUCCGGCGGAUAGUGGGGGUCGGGAGGCGAAAACUGCGUCGUGGGUCUUAAGGAACUGUUUGGCCAUGUCAGGGGACGAGGCCACGACGACAGGGGAUUUUCCGAACUUUAGGAGCAUUAGUUCGCCGUAUUUUCGGGAUAGGGAGUGGAGGGAUAUGUGUGGGACGGGCCCGAUGAGGUGGAGGUUGCCGAUAACGGGCCACGGCUUCGGGCCGGGUGGGAGUUUGGGUUUGGGCCUGCGGGUUGUUGAGAUGAAGGCUGUUGUGGCAAUGCAGAGGAAGGCCAGUAGUGCCCAGAAAGGAUCCAUUUUUUUUGGCUACUUUAGUUGUGAGAAAAUACUGUGGAGC